UGUAGAUUUCAGUAGGCCGAGCCGCAGCUACGGGCAACAUUAAAGAAAAAAAAAACGGGAAAGAAAAAAAAAUCCCAGAUUUCAGAUUUUUUGGUUCCCGGCGAAUCUUCAUCCAUCCUUCUAUUUUUACAGCUCAGGUGGAGAUUUUUCAGCCUGUGUGACUUUCAUUGACCGCGCCACGUUAAUUCGAAACAGACGGAACAGAGGAAGAGGCGCAGAGAAAAAUUUCCAUACUCGAUGACAUUUCAUCGCAAUGUCCGAUCGUUUGGGGCAAAUAACCAAGUCCAAGGAUGGGAAAAGCAAGUAUUCCUCGCUCAACCUAUUUGACAAGUACAAGGGGAAGUCAAUAGAAACUCAGAAAACCACAGUUGUUGCUCGACAUGGCUUACAGAGUCUUGGUAAAGUGGCCGCUGCCAGGCGCAUGCCCCCGCCCGCUCACCUGCCGAGCCUGAAGUCCGAGAACAGAGGAAACGAUCCAAACGUGAUUAUUGUGCCCAAAGACGGAACAGGAUGGGCGAACAAGCAGGAACAACCCGAUCAAAAGAGUUCCGUUGUGUCGACAGCACAGCCGCCGGAGUCGCAGCAGCCGCUGCCUUUGCAGAAAUCCGUCUCCAAUCUACAGAAGCCAACAGCGGCAACCAGCCAGGAGAGCACAAGCACCGGUGGACCAAAGCAAUGGGCACAACUAAAUGGAAAGGCACUCAGUCAAGAUCAAGAUGGUUUAAGGGCCUCAAACCGACUGCAGCCCUUCUCUCACGAGGAAUUUCCGACGCUGAAAGCAGCAGGAGAACAGGACAAGGCUGGCAAGGAAAAAAGCGCCUUCGAUCCGUCGUAUGGGCCCGGACCAAGCCUCCGCCCACAAAAUGUGACGAGUUGGAGGGAGGGUGGAGGGAGGUAUCUGCAGCCCCCAUCUCUGUCCUCGGCCCUUUCCUCCGAUACAGAGGGCAAAACCAGUGCCUCUCCUGAGGCAACAACUCCUCUUCCAGUUCCUCCUUCCUCAUCUUCCACUUCGUCUUCUUCCUCCUCUGCCAACGUCGCUGUCGCCCCCACUGCAACGUCUCCUGACCCGAAGGAUCCUUCUCUCAGACCGGCUCCGCCCACACGCCGUCCCACACCGGGUCUGCAGUACCAGCUCCAUCACUCCUCCACCACCACCUACCAUGACAUGCUGCCUGCAUUUAUGUGUCCCAAGGAGACUCGUGAUUGUCCGGGUUCUUCCGAACAUGGAUCUGCUGCUGUUGUCGCCCCCAUGCGGUUUGAUUCCCGACCAACAUUUAGACCCCCCUACCCUCCUCCUGAACCCGUCAAUGGAGAUGCACGGAGAGAGAACCGUUUCGCCCGCGUCCAGUCGCGUCCCUCUACCCGGCCGAUUCGCCGUCCCGGAGACCGCCCUUCCCGGCCUACAAUCAUUAACCCAGAUGAUCUAAAAGACCUGGACGACCUGGACAACGACUGCGAGGAUGGAUGGGCAGGUCUUCAUGAGGAGGUGGAUUACAGCGAGAAGCUCAAAUUCAGUGAUGACGAAGAGGAUCACUCCUGCAUUGAGAAGAAAAAGAUCUGGGGAGAGUGGGAGUCUUGUCGCCACCGCAAAUCAUCCAUAAGCUCGGACGGUCUGGAAGACGCGUACCAUCACCAGCAUGAUCUUCUGCCUCCCAGAAAAAGUAACAGUCGUUACGGCUCUACAGAAUCGCAGCCACAACAGAGGAGCAGCGGCGCCAGCGAGUCGGUGGAGGAGCAGGACGAGACUCAGCGUUGUGCUCUUCCUCCACCACCUCCUCGAGGGAAAUUUGUCUCACCGGACGUCUCCGAGGCUGUGGAGAGGGCACGACGGAGGCGUGAGGAGGAGGAGAGGCGAGCCAGAGAGGAGAGGCUGGCCGCCUGCGCCGAGAAACUCAAGAAACUGGACGAGAAAUUCGGCAAGAUCGAGAGACCAGCGCACUCCGGGGACGCACACGGAGCGGAAAAUAAGGAGCUUUUAUUGUCACCCGGGAGAGAAACGGGCAAACCUCACCAGGAAGCUUGGCAGCAUGGAAAUAAAGAAGUUUCAGAGCAGAAAUCUGACUCGUCUCACAGCCAGGAUUACCGAGAUGAUUUUGGUUACCGGAGCGAGGAGGGCAGUCCGGACUAUGCUCAACGCCACCAGAAGGCCGUUCCACCCCGUUUCCAAAAGCAGCAGCAGCAGCAGGAUCAGGCGUAUAAAAUGCAGCAGUGGCAGCAGCCUGGGUCUGGUUCCACUCAGAGAGGGUAUUACGCUCCUCACGUGCUUGGUUUUGACCCCCGUUGGAUGAUGAUGCCCCCGUACAUGGACCCACGUGUUACACAGGGACGCUCAACAGUCGAUUAUUACUCUAACGUCCACUCCUCUGCAGGUGUCAUAAAGCCGCAGCAGGAUCGCCUCAACAGCCCUGGAUCUGCCUCGGAUGAGGGCUGCCAUCCCAGCAUGCACCAGGAAAGAAGAGCGCUAUCUGCAGACACUUACUCUGUUUGGAGCCAAGAUGGCUACCCACCUGCACGCAGUUUCACCCCACCUUACCAGAGACAGCAUGAGAGCACAGAGAGGAGUCAGGCAGACGACAGGAGCGAUCGGUCAUGCUCUCAGCAGGACUCGUAUGAGGAGAGAGCGAUCGAACGUGUCGAAAGUCCUCCAGAAGAUCUCCCCCAUCAGAACUACCGACCGAAUCGGGGCUCCAGCGUUCCCCUCGGUUCACAGCGAGAUGAAGAAGCGCCUCAACCACCAGGACACAACGAGUUUUUAAAACCUGACUACCAGAAGGAGGUUUCCUCGAACCGGCACGGUCUGGAUUCCCGCGACGAAGUGUGUGAGGGCAAGGAGAAGAGUUUCGACUCCGGGUUCUGGAGAAAAGAUGACGCCGUAAAGAAAGAGAAAGAUGCGGCGCAGUGGUCCGAUCCAGGUUCUGGCGUUAACGCCGGGGUCAGCCAACCGUCCGACCCGAGUGGAAGAAACUUCAGGAGGACGGGUCAAAUCAAGAAACCUGUGCUCAAAGCUCUGAAAGUGGAGGACAAGGAGAACGAGAAGCCCAGAGCUGAGCCGGAAGAGAAGACCGUUCCGUACAGACUUGAGAAGGAAGUCCUUACCAAUGUCUAUGACCUGAAAAAGGACAACCGACCUAUGAUCAACAAGCACUCGACCUCUCUUGUGACCUCUCAGGAGGAGAAACAACCUCCACGACCUAAAGUGGAGCAGAACUUGAACAACCCCAGUGAAGAACCUAAUAAGGAGAAUGACUGGGAUGGGAGUAACUCCUCCCAGAUGAGAGAGAACUCUGAAAGCAGAGAGCCUCCAGCGCCUCGCCGCAACAACUGGAUCUUUAUUGAUGAAGAGCAGGCGUUCGCUGGAACCCGAGGAGCCGGGCGAGGCCGCGGAAGAGGAUUUAGAGAGUUCAACUCACGUGGCAGCAGCCGAGGAGGGCGUAUUGACAACACGAGAGGAUCGUAUAACACCGGAAAUCUCCAAAGAUCAGGGCGAGGACGAGGGGCUCGGGAUUUCGUCAAACCCGAAGACUUGCAAAGAGGCAAACCUCGAAGGCGUAACAUGAGCGAGACUCUGAGCGAAGCCUCGGAAUAUGAAGCUCCCAAACGGCGCCGCCAGAAAAAUGGCGAAGGCGGAGACGCGGCUUAUUCUGCUUCCGGAGACGCUAAAAGAGCAGAUAGGGAUUCCUGGAGGUCCAAUAAGGUCUACAAUAACGAACAAAACAUCGGCGGAGAAGCAAGGGAUAAACCCAAACUGAGAGGUUUUGGUCGUUCUCUUCCUCCUCGCCUGAACACCGGGUACAACCGUGGGUCCGGAUCGAAGGAUUUUACCACUUGGAGGGGAAGAGGGGGCCAGUUCGGGAGUGGAUCCGUGCAGGAGAAUGGCUACAACUUCACAAGUGACUCUUUCUCGAGAAAAUCCGUCGAAGGCGACUCUCUAAAAUACCCUUCGAAAUUCGUUCCGUCCUUCGCCGAGAAUGGAGUCGACGACCGCGAAGGCGACUUUCAUUUGGACAAUGACAAUCCGGACAACCGGCCACUGAGGAGGCGACGCCCUCCUCGUCAAGACAAACCGCCGCGCUUUAGACGUUUGCGCCAGGAACGAGAAACCGGAGGGCAGUGGAACAGCGACGAGUACGUCAACGGCGAUUUCAAUAAUCCUUGGCCGGGUCGAUCCAAAACCGGAGACGACCAUUGGCCUGGUCAGUAUUCUGCAAACAGGCAGCAGGAAUUUGUACCUCAGGGCGAGGACUGGGAAACCGGAUCGGAAAACAGCGACUUGAACGAUUGGAGAGUGAAGCGCGGCGAAGUGCACGUAGAACUUGGCCAUGGAGAACCUGGCUCAGAGAAACGAGAGCUCUCCAAAAGAAGCUUCUCCAGCCAGCGCCCUCUAGUGGACCGACAGAAUCGUAAGAGCGACAUUCUGGAAAGCUCGAAGAUCCCUCGCUCUUCAGACGCCCCGUCCACUGGUGGUUCAUCUAACCGUAAUGACAGGUGGCAGAACGGAGUGACGAACAGCUGCAGACGGAGCCCUGACGACGCAGGGCCGGUGUACGGUGUGGAGCAGACAGAAGACGGCCUUUCCACCAGCAAUAGUGAAUCUUCAGGGAAGAAGCUGGAUAAAGAUCUAAAUCCAAGAAGCAUGAAGGCAGACAUGUCCGAGCCUCUUUCACAGUAUGAUCUCAACAGCUACCCGAUUGAAAGCGAUUCAGGAGUCUCCAUUCCGAGCCCCGAUGGAUUCCAAGACGCCCUCGCUAAAAAACAGCGCCGUCCACAGGAGGACGACCGAAGAAGAAAGGAGCAAGGAGCCACGGUAACCGUAAAAAACAGGGCAAUCGCUUCAAAAAUGCCUCCUCGUUUCGCGAAAAAGCAGGGUGGGAUUUCGAUGGAACAGCCCGAGGAUACGCUCUCGAGUAAUAACCUCGGCACUGAAAUCUGGGAGACCAACAGCACAGCUCUUACAGUUCAGUCCUCUAUUGGAGACUCAUGGACGAAGCAGGUGUCAUAUACUGGGAGCGAACCAAAUUCAGAGGAUUCGGACGCAGGGCACGAGCAGAGCAAAGAGCACAAACCCGGACCCAUCGGCAACGAGCGCUCGCUGAAGAACCGCAAGGGUUCAGAGGGAGUGGAGCGUCUGGAGGGCCCCAUUACACCUGUUAACGGAGUGGACAUUCACGUUGAAAACGUCCUCCCCGUCCCACCCAUCGAGUUUGGAGUCAGUGCCAAAGACUCAGACUUUAGCCUUCCUCCAGGAUCGGCACCGGUGGCCGUGUCCAACCCGGUCACCAAGCUGCAGGACGCUCUUGCCAGCAACCCGGGCCUUGCUCAGGGCAUUCCUAUGCUGCGCAGAGAUCACCUGCAGCCUGGCAUCAACCUCAAUCCCAUUUCCUUCCCCACCACCGACCUCACACUCAAGAUGGAGUCUGCACGUAAAGCCUGGGAGAACUCGCAGUCCCUUCCCGAGCAGGGUUCUCCGGGCGCCGGGUCUGUCACACAGCCCCCCUGCAGCUCCUCCAGUGCCGUCAGCUACAGCUCUUUCGGAGGCGUCUCCAUGCCCCCCAUGCCCGUGGCCUCUGUCGCUCCAUCCGUCUCCAUGCAAGGUAAUCACAUCGCCUCUCUGUACCUGGACGGCCACGUGUUUCCAAGCCAGCCCCGUCUGGUGCCACCUACGAUGACUCAGCAACAAACCUACCAGCAGGCUGCAGCAGCUCAGCAGAUCCCCAUCUCCCUUCACACGUCUCUGCAGGCUCAGGCUCAGCUAGGACUCCGAGGCGGUCUGCCCGUCUCUCAGUCCCAGGAGAUGUUUAACUCCAUCCCUACAUUCAGGUCGCAGGUGUACAUGCAACCCAGUCUGUCUCACCCAAGCGCCAUGGUGCUUUCUGGAGCAGCCCCUCUCAAAGGGCCUUAUUCUGCGUUUCCCGGCAUGCAGCCCUCAGACAUGGUGAAGCCGCAGUCAGGCUCGCACUUCCAGACCAUUAACGGCAGCCAGGCACUGGUUUACGACAACAACCAGGCAGUAGGAAUGGGCACGUCUCAGCUCAUGGACUCGCAGCUCAUCCAGGUGACGAUGCCUCUGCCUGGCUCUCAGCUGCGUUACGGUUCAGCCCAACAGCACCUGAUCCUUCCACAGUCUAUCCAGCUCCAGCAGGGGCAAAACCUCCCUGUCGGUGCCCCACGCCGUAUCAUACCCUCUGCAUCCCAGCCGGUCAUCACCGCCAGCCGAGAGCCGUCUCAGCUGGAGAUGAAAGGCUUUCAGUUCCCUGAUAAAGCCAGCCACUCACCUGGGAUACCUGGCGGCUCAUACAGAUUUUUAGGUUUAAUGCCUCAUGAUCCAUUCAGACCAGGUUCUGCAAGCCCCAGUGGGAAGCCGUCUGGUCCCGGUGCUCCCCCGCUCCCAGGACAUUACACUCAACAGGGCAACAUGGUGAUGCACAUGCGCACCCCAACCAGCGGGCCUUUCCCAAACCCCAUCCAGAGACCUGUAAUGCAGGUAAACAAGACUGUAAUUAUGCGCUCUACCCCUUACUCAAGCCCGGGCCGUGAUCCUUCCCACUCCACUCCACCUUCCAACCCAGAGCCCCCUAACAAGGGUGCAGAGGAGGGCACGAAGGUGAAGGUCAUUCGUGAGGCUCGGCAGCUUGUAUCCGAUAUGAAGGUGUCCUCAUCCGUGAUUACUGGCAAACUGCAGGAGGCUGCCGCCAGACCUGGGGAACCGAACCGCCCCGGCGCUAUUAAACCUCAGAGCAUCAAAGUGGAGGAGAGCAAGGCCUGAUCAUGGAGCUCACACAACCUUCACUUCAUCAUACAGAUGCCGUGAGCUCGAAACAAGGACACUCUCUCUCUCUCUCUCUCUCUCUCUCUCUCUCUCUCUCUCUCUCUCUCUCCCCUUAUUAGUUUGGUUGUCAUUUGUCCUUCAUACGUCACUGGACCACAGACUGAACCACAGGAGCACCAGAGCGGGACACUUUUCCUCCUAAAGCACCGUAUAGAGAGAUAUAUCUAUAAAUAUCUAUAUAUAAAAUGUAUACUAUAUUAUAUACAUAUAUUAAAAAAAAGGAAAUACAUAGACAUGAUCGCUUGGGACUCUUCUAAGCGCAGACUCUCUUCAAGAUCCUCGUUAUUUAUUUUCCAUUUCAAGAAGAAACAAAAGAAAGGAUAAAAAGCCUCAUGAGUUCUUUCAUCCUAACCCCUCCCCCACCCCCCUCGAUCUAAAUCGCUCCCGUGCCGUCGAGGCCGUGUCGUAGUUAUCGAUCGACGCCAUCGGGGACAUUGAUGAACAUGUGCAGCGUGUCAUUUUUUUUACUGGAAACCAUGAAAUUUUAAUUUUUUUUUUUUUUUUUUUAAUAAAUACAUUAUCAUAAGCAGCACCUUUUUUUUUUUUUUGCUCUGUUAUGAAAGGGCACAUUUUACUCAAAUAAAACAAAAAUUCUGUCCAACCCCAUAAUUUGAGGAUUUUUGUUUUAAAUACGAGAACAUACUUUUAAUUCUAUUUUUCCUUUGUAAGAGCUUUCUUUUUUUUUUUUUUUUCCCCUCCUCUCGCUCGGAAUUUAAUUCGGAAAAAUUUAUAUCCUGAAAUAAGUGUGUGUGUGUGUGUGUGUGUGUGUGUGUGUGUGUGUGUGUGUGUGUGUGUGUGUGUGUCUGAGAUGCAGAACUUCAUGAUGUUUUAGGAGCUGUGUGGAACACUAAGGCGGGUGUGUGUGUGUGUGUGUGUGUGUGUGUGUGUGUGUGAGAGAACGUAGGGCACUUUAGCAUUACAUUGUGGGGGUUUUUGUUUGUUUUUUGUUUUUAAUCUAAUAUCUGUUCCUGUAUCAGUGUGAGGAUUGAGCGAUCUCACAGAGGGGCUUUAUCAGAAAACACAAGUUUCCUUCUAUUUUAAAACGCCCAUGUUCGUGAUGUGUACAGGACUCGCGUUUAGCGCCCUCUGGCUGCCCAUUUGGUGAACUACGACCAGCUUUUUUGGCUAAAGUGGGUCUAGUUAUACAAAAAAUGAACCGAAUCGGGAAAAUCGGUUUAUUAAAUGAUUAUCAAAGGUUCCGUUUUUAUGUUACGUUUUAUUACCAGAUCUGUUACUGAUAAAUAUAUAAAUGUAUCACGAUAUUGAUAUCACAACGUACGUCCCAGUUCUGAUACACGAUAAAUGUUAGAAGGUGUCCGUGUUUAAUGCCUUUAUUUUUCCUGGGGGAUUUUACGGACUUCACGAGGAACACCGCUCUGUUUUUAUCACCCGUACUGUUUUGUUUUGAAGAUUUGCAGGAGGAGAAACACACGGUAUCGAUAUUGGCUGAGCAUCGAAUUUCACAACCAUGGUCUGUGCAGGAAGGUGCUUUUGGCUGUCACAAAAA